UGUAUCGCAGAGAAAACUUAAUAUGGAUCGUUGGUUAAAUCGUGUUGCCGUUGUGACUGGAGCCAGUUCUGGCAUUGGAUCAGCCUGUUGCAAGGAUCUGGUGGCCAAGGGAUUAAUUGUUGUUGGUCUCGCCAGACGUGAGGAGCGUCUACAAGAGCUGAAGGCUUCACUGCCAGCUGAUCAGGCUAAACGUUUCCAUGGCCGCAAAUGUGACGUCAGCGAUGAGAAGCAAGUGAUCGAGACCUUUGCAUGGAUCGAACAAAAUGUGGGUGGGGUCGAUGUCUUGGUAAACAAUGCGGGCAUUACCCGAGAUACUGAGAUAACAAAACCAAAUAAUUCCGACGAUCUUCGGGCAAUCCUGGACACAAAUGUUCUUGGUGUAUCCUGGUGUACUCGUGAGGCAUUCCUCUCCCUCCAACGCCGCAAGGUUAACGAUGGACAUGUGGUCAUUAUUAACAGCAUUGCUGGACAUGGAGUACCUUUUGUGCCUGGUUUCAAUUUCAAUUUGUAUGCACCAUCCAAACAUGCCAUCACCGCCUUGACCGAAGUCCUGCGUCAGGAGUUCCAAAAUAAAGGAACUCAGACAAAAAUUACAAGUAUAAGCCCUGGAGCAGUUGACACUGAGAUCAUUCCCGACCAAAUCAAGGAACUUUUCACCGACUUUCCAAUGUUGCGUUCUGAAGACGUGGCCGAUGCGGUGUCCUAUUGCAUUUCGACACCUCCAAAUGUGCAAAUCCAUGAAUUGACCAUCAAGCCUGUGGGCGAAAAGUUUUAAUUUGUUUUUAAUGAAUCGAAAUGGCUGUUUUUUUUAUUUUUAUUAUUCUGUAGCCGCGAUGCGUAUUGUUUUUCACAAAAGCGGUAUUGUUAUAAAUGGUAAAUAAACCUCAAAACCUUUUUUGGAUACUCUAA